GUCAAAUAAAUGUCAAAUUAGUCUGUCAUUCAUUGAAAUUCCAUCAAAAUGUUCAAAAUUAACUGUGAAGAAAAAUAAUAAUAAAACCUAAAAUAAAAAAAAAAUCAUUAAUAUUACCACUGCAAAAAUCACUAAUUAAGUAACAAUUAUAAUAAAAUAUAAUAAAAUCAAAAACAAAGUAUCUAUUUCUAGAAAUCUAAAUGGGUGACGUAAAAUCAGAAUGUGAUUGUGAAGAUGAGAAGGAACAAUGGGGAGAUCCAGAGCCAGCGGAAAAUUCUCGUCUAGCAAGAAUCGAUUUGAGACCGCAUCAUAACACCCCGUAUGCACUUUAUUGCGAUUGGUUGAAAGAUGCUAACAACCACGGUCUGACAAAAUUUCAGACUAGUCAAUUUUCUUUGGCAACGUGUUCAAGAUGUGGUGAAUUAGGCAAUCGAAUGAUUUCACUGAGAGAAUUCAGAAACUACAUGUAUAUAAUAACAAUAAGCUCAUUUAGUAAAACAUAUCAACACAUCAAAGAAACUCGAAAAGCAACCAUGUUGUUCUUUUUCCAAUACUGGAAUUAUCGAGGUACCUACAUAAGACAGAUAAAAAUUGACUGCAGAUGCAAAAGAUUAUGCAGCGGUAUAACAGAACUUUAUCACGACAAGGAACCAUUGUCAGGUAAAGUUAAGUAUGAGAUAUGUUCUUCUGGCCAAUUAGCGGAUUGGGAAGCGCUAAAGAAAGUACACGACAGAACUGUAGUAAAAUAUAGAUGUGGACAAAAUGAAUUGAAAAUGCCAAACCAUUAUGUUGGAUACGCACUCAUCCCGCACAAAUACGAAUUUUUGCAUAUGGAAGAAGGUUACAUUCCAGACAGAGUAACGUAUCAAAAAAGUUGCGAUUGUGGUUGGUCAAUUCGAAGAAUCAUGGCUUAGAAUUUUUGGUAUGUUUCAUAUUUUUGACAAGUUCAUAUGAAAUUCUAGACAAUAGAUAACAUGUUUUACCAUUAAAGAAAAUAAAUUAAAAAAAAA